AUGGACAGACGUAAUCUCACCGGGCUGAAGGAAUUCAUCCUCCUGGGAAUCACAGACCGUCCGGAGCUUCAAGCUCCCUUGUUUGUGCUCUUCCUCAUCAUCUACAUGAUCUCACUGGUGGGCAAUCUGGGCAUGGUCAUCCUCACCAAGAUGGACCCGAGGCUGCAAACACCCAUGUACUUCUUUCUCAGACACCUCGCGCUCACGGAUCUCGGCUAUUCCACCGCUGUGGGACCCAAAAUGUUGGUAAAUUUCCUUGUAGAUAAAAAUUCCAUUUCAUAUCAGUUAUGUGCCACACAGUUGACUUUCUUUGUCAUGUUUAUCAUUAGUGAACUUUUUAUCCUAGCAGCAAUGUCUUAUGACCGCUAUGUGGCCAUCUGCAAACCUCUGCUCUACACAGUCAUCAUGUCCCAAAGGCUGUGUCUGGUGCUGGUGGCAAUCCCCUAUCUCUACAGUACCUGUGUUUCUCUUCUGGUCACUAUAAAAAUCUUCAAUUCCACCUUCUGUGGUUAUAACGUUGUCAGUCAUUUCUACUGUGACAGCCUCCCCUUGUUAUCUUUGCUCUGUUCAAAUACUUAUGAAAUACAGUUGAUUAUUAUGUCUUUAUCUGCUUUUAAUUUGAUUUUCACUCUUCUGGUAGUUGUCUUAUCUUAUCUGCUCAUCCUCAUUGCCAUCCUCAGGAUGAAGUCAGCUGAGGGGAGACGCAAAGCUUUUUCCACCUGUGGAUCCCACUUGACUGUGGUCACUGUGUUUUAUGGGACUUUGAUAUUUAUGUAUGUGAAACCCAAGUCCAGUCACUCCUUUGACACUGAUAAAAUGGCUUCAAUAUUUUACACCCUCAUUAUCCCCAUGUUGAAUCCCUUAAUCUAUAGCUUGAGGAACAAGGAUGUAAAAUGUGCACUGCAAAAGACGUGGACAAAAGUAUGCAGUAUCUUUUCUUAA